UCUUCUAACCAAACUCAAUGAUAACUAUUUCACUCUUUUAUAUGCAGGCAUAAGUGUUUUCACUUGAUCUACAAGCUUUUUUAGAGGUAUGGCUCGAGGCAGAGGUCGUGGGAAGUCCUUUGGUAGGAGUAGUCCUGCUAUUCAUGUAAGCAUGCCAACUAUUCCGAUGCCCACUAUAGUUUCUCCUCAACAAGGUGGUACCACAACUGUUGAAACAUCAGAUCAAAGUACCACCCCAACUAUCUCUGAGACACCUCCAGUUACACCAAAUCAGAGCAGUCCCAUAGGUCAGGGUCUGUCUACUCAGAGCAUCCCAACAGGUUGUAGUAAUCCAAUUGCUGAAGGUGAUCUAUCUACUCAAAGCAACUCAAGAGGUCAUACAAACACAGUUGAUACUGAUUCUAGUAGUAACCACUCACGGACCCUUAUUUUUAUAAGUUCUGCAGGGUUGGAACCUUCUAUAAUAUGCUCUAGUUUCAUAACCAAGUCUUUCAGAAAUGAUGUUGAUCCCAAUGGAAUAAAUUGGAAAAGUGUUUCAAACGAUGUAAAAGACGGUUAUUUUGGAGAAUUUAAGGAUGUUUCUAUUAGUGAAAGUAAAGUGAAGAGACACUGGUUGGUCAAGGCCGCUAUAAAAUACAGAAAUUUUAUUUCUAAAAUAAAAGGGGGAGGAGUUAGGCCAGGUUUUGUACCUGAGCAUGUUUGGGAAAGAUGGACACAACUUUGGGGAAGUAAUGAGUCCAAGAAAAAGUCAGAAAUAAAUGCAAAGAAUCGUCGUGGCGGCCGUGAAGUUGCUGCUGGGACUCACACAGGUGGCUCUAUCUCAAUUGGAGAGCAUCGCAAGAAACUUGCUAUUGAAAAGGGUCGAGAUCCAACACCAAGCGAGUUACAUUUACACGUCCAUACGCAUGGUCAUAAUGGUAAAUCUUUUGUUGGCGAACGCUCUCGAAUUGUCCAUGAAAAAUAUGAAGAAAUAUUACGGGAAAAAACAACCUCUCAAUUUGAUAUUGAUCAAUGUGAAGCAUACUACCAAGCUGCCGGGGGAGAAAAGAAGAAAAGAAUAUACGGUCUUGGAUCUGAAGCAAAAACUUACUACGGGCAGAAUCUUUGUGCCUCAUCAUCUGUAGCAACUUCAGUUUCUCAAUCAACAACGACAAGAAAUAUGGAUGUGUUUGUGAAGGAAAUGAUUCCUGCCCUUACUACUCAUUUUCUUCCGGUUAUUAUGGAGCGGCUACAACAAGUGGUUACUCCCAUUGACAAUCCAUCACUUGUGACACCCAUGGUACCUCCUCCUGCUGCUACUAAUGAGGACGAGGUUGAUCCCUUAGUUUCAAGUGAUGAGGGUAUCCCUUAAUUAGUCUCCUUUAGCUUUAAUUUUUGGAUGUUUGUGUUUUUGAAAAGUACAAAUUGUCUGAUAACAAUAGUUGAUGACUUGCUUUUGAUGUUUUGCAGUGAAAGUAUGUGAUUAGGAUUUUGCUAUCUACAGAUUUUGAACCCUCUAAAUAUUAUUUUAUAUGAAUGUUUGUUAUUUUA